UUAUCGUUUCUGUCUCUGAAGCCGGAGUCGUUAGAUACGACGCAGACGAUAACCUAUAACAAUUCUUUAAAGUAAUGUUUAGGGACCAUUUUGACUUCGUUGUUGGGAAGCUAACAUCAACACCGAGCGUAGCCCAACAAUAAAGUCUUGAUAGAUUUACUUGCAGUGUAUUUAAUUAAAAUACGACCUGGGUUGAAUAAUGAAAACACGAGAUUCAUCACCUCCUGUGCAUGUCCAUGUCGCAGAGUCCACUCCAGUGCAUGUUCAUCUAAAAAAGAGUCCGAAAAGCUGCACUUACAGGCCUGCUCAGAUGAAGACCAGAGAGGUGCAGAUCAAGGGGGAUGUGGUGAGCUUGCGCACAACUGCCAAGACAAAGACCCGUGUUCCCUGGAUCCCCCCAGGAAGAACUUCCACCCGGCAAGAUGUAUACAAGUGGGAGGGGCCUAGUCAUUGUCUUGAGAUUACAACUGGGUCACCGGCUGAACCAUCGCUUGGUCCUCUACAGUUGGAGGACCUGUCUGAUGAGGAUGAGGAGGGUCACAGUCACCGCAAGAGACAAGGGAUGAAGAUUGACAGACUUAUGAUGGAUGCUGAGUCAUCCAAGGAGGCAAUGUUGCGGAAGAAGGAGCGUGACCAGUCUGAACUUCUGAGAGCCCACCAGCGUAAGAGUGGCGAUCAGGACGAGGAGCUGGGGGAACAGAACAUGAAAGAAUGUCAUUCCUUGAAGAUGAGAGGCGAUUAUGAAAGGGCUGAUUCUGGUAAAGUUGUUGGGGAAACAGACUUGCUGCUGAGGAAACUAGUGGAAGCUGAGAUUGAUAGUAUGGCAGUGGCCAAUCAGUUGGAAGCCCUGAAGGAGACCGUUGGCAAAGGGAAGGAUAAACUAUCGUCAAAGAUGAAUUCAAGCUCCUUAAGAAGGGAACAAGAGUUGUUGAAAAAGAAAAUUGAUACAUUUGACAGCACAAACCGCCAUCUUCGAGAACUGCUUAGGGAGUGUCAUGAACGUGAAACUGAAUCACUGAAGCUGUCAGAGCAGAGACAUGCACUGCUGAGGAGACUGGCUGACACAGAGGAUGAGAAAAUGCGGCUUUUGUCAAAACUCAACAACAAAGAGAAAGAAGCCACCAAGCUUGCUCUAUAUCUGGAUUCUGAAAAGGACAAUGUGAAGGCUAAUGGAGAGCUGUCGAAGAUUCUAGAGUCUACCCGUAGUCGUCUCAUAAGUCAGUUACACUGCAAAGAAGAUGAAAAUGACCGUCUUAUUGCUCAGAUUCAAAGCAUGGAGCUGACCCAGGAGGCUCAGAGGAAGGAGAUGCAGGGUUGGAUGGAAAAGCUGCAAGAGUUAAAGCACCAGAAUGAGGAGAGCAAAGAGAUCCACAGGCAUGAGACACAAACCCUAAAACAGCGGGCCAAGCACAGUGAGGAUUCAGCCAGGGAGUUGUCUACACAGCUGCUGGAGAAGGAGUCCCAGUUGGCAGAAGCCCUCUCCACAGCCGAGGCCUGGUGUGCACGCCACUCCACUGAAGCGAGCGCCAAGAGCCAGCUGGACAUGGAUGUGACUGCUCUCAGAAACCAGGUGAGAGAGCUGACAGACCAGUUAUAUGCUGUGGAGCAGAAAAAUCGUGCUGAGAAGGAGGGGCUACUGGACCAGCUGCACCGCCUCAACUCUGACAACACCAAAAGCAAAUUAGAGAACCAGAGUCUGAAGGCCUCCCUAUCUGCAGCAGAGGAAAAGCUUGCUCGGUCCCACUCCGAGGCUCAUCAGCUUAAGACUUCAAUCAAGAAGCAUGAAAGUCUGAUGGACAAGUACAAGUGCAAGUUUCAGAAGGCUCGCUCGGAAUCCGUGGACCACUGCCUGAAGCUAGAUGCUGCCGGGAAAGAGGCCCGGGAGCUGAAGGCCAACCUGGAGCGGGAGAUCGAGCACGUCAGGAGGCAGCUGCUGGGCCGUCUGAAAGAGCUGGAGCCUCUGCCUGAGAGGCUGAGGAGCUCUGAGCUGCAGCUCAGGGAGGCGCAGGAGCAGGUGGACGCUCAGGAAAGGAGAAACAUGGAGCAGAACAGUACCCUCGCUGAGCUCAGGCACAAGGUAGACCAGCAGGUCUGCCGGGUGGAAGCAUUUCAAGAAAAUAAUCUACUGCUCCAGGAGGAAAACAGGCAUUUGAAGCACAAAAUGGAGAGUUUAGAGAGAAAAGUGGAGGAGGCCAAUUUGCAGAACAGAGACAUGGCCCAGGUUAUCGCCCAGCGAGAUGACUCGAUCCACAGUAAACAGCAACAGCUGGAGGACCGAGCCAGGGAGUGCAGCAUCCUCUCCAAACAGCUGGAGCAGGUGCUUGAGGACGCACAGAGACAGGUUGGGGAGAGCCAUGAGCGGGCUUUAUCUAAAGAAAGGUCCUCUCAGUCGAAGGCUCUGGAUCUGGAAAGCCAGUUAGGGAUGUCUAAGGCAGAGCUGUCCCAAUUACGCAGAAAUAAAGAGGAUAUGGAACGCCGAUUUCAGAGUCAGUUGAAGAAUUUGAAGGACAGACUGGAACAAUCAGACUGUACUAAUCGCAGCCUGCAGAAUUAUGUUCAGUUUCUCAAAACUUCCUACAGUAAUGUGUUUGGUGACUCUGGGCUAACAAGUACACUAUUCCCACCGUCUCCAAUUUAAAAGCAUUGCAUUGUAAGAUGUUAAUUUUAUACCACUAAAUAAUUAUAUACCACUAAUAAAACCUGCAUUGUCUUGUGAGAUGUUAA